AUGGCAAGUGGCGACAGGAAGGUCACCAUCCAGCUGGUGGAGGACGGGGCCGGGGCUGGAGCCAACGGCCCACAGCUCUUUAAAGGCCAGAACUUCGAAGCCAUCCGAACAGCCUGCCUGAAUUCUGGGAUCCUGUUUCGUGACCCUUGUUUUUCUGCUGGUCCUGAUGCCCUUGGCUAUGACAAGCUGGGACCCGACUCAGAGAAGGCCAAAGGCGUGGAAUGGAAGAGGCCCCAUGAGUUUUGUGCUGAGCCCCAGUUUAUCUGUGAAGACAUGAGCAGAACUGAUGUGUGCCAAGGAAGCUUGGGAAACUGCUGGCUUCUUGCAGCUGCUGCCUCCCUUACCCUGUACCCCAGACUCCUGUACCGGGUGGUUCCCCCUGGACAAGGUUUCCAAGAUGGCUACGCAGGGGUCUUCCAUUUUCAGCUCUGGCAGUUUGGCCGCUGGGUGGACGUGGUGGUAGAUGACAGGCUGCCUGUGCGUGAGGGGAAGCUGAUGUUUGUACGCUCAGAACAAAGGAAUGAAUUCUGGGCCCCUCUGCUGGAAAAGGCCUAUGCCAAGCUUCAUGGUUCCUAUGAGGUGAUGCGUGGAGGCCACAUGAACGAGGCUUUCGUGGACUUUACAGGAGGCGUGGGUGAAGUCCUCUACCUGAGACAAAACACUCCAGGCCUCUUUGCUGCCCUUCGCCAAGCACUGGCCAAGGAGUCCCUUGUGGGUGCCACUGCCCUGAGUGACCGGGGCGAGAUCCGCACAGAUGAAGGGCUGGUGAAGGGACAUGCGUAUUCUGUCACAGGUACACACAAGAUGUCCCUGGGCUUCACUAAGGUGCGGCUGCUGCGGCUGAGGAACCCUUGGGGCCGAGUGGAGUGGUCUGGGCCCUGGAGUGACAGCUGUCCACGCUGGGACAUGCUCCCCUCUGAGUGGCGAGAUGCCCUGCUUGUGAAAAAGGAGGAUGGUGAGUUCUGGAUGGAGCUUCAGGACUUCCUCACUCGCUUCAACACGGUCCAGAUCUGCUCACUGAGCCCCGAGGUGCUAGGCCCUAGGCCUGCUGGCGGAGGCUGGCACAUCCACAUCUUCCAGGGCCGCUGGGUGAAAGGUUUCAACUCCGGCGGGAGCCAGCCCAGUGCUGAAACCUUCUGGACCAAUCCGCAGUUCCGGCUGACGCUGCUGGAGCCUGAUGAGGAAGAGGAUGAAGAUGACGAAGAGGGCCCCUGGGGGGGUUGGGGAGCAGCAGGGGCGCGGGGCCCAGCGAGGGGAGGCCGAAUCCCCAAGUGCACUGUCCUCUUGUCGCUCAUCCAGCGCAACCGCCGGCGUCUGAGGGCCAAGGGCCUCACUUACCUCACUGUGGGCUUCCACGUGUUCCAGAUUCCCGAGGAGCUGCUGGGCCUCUGGGACACCCCGCGCAGCCGCGCGCUCUUGCCGGGACUGCUGCGCGCCGACCGCUCCGUCUUCUGCGCCCGCCGCGACGUGAGCCGCCGCUGCCGUCUGCCGCCCGGUCACUACCUGGUGGUACCCAGCGCCUCCCGCGUGGGCGACGAAGCUGACUUCACACUGCGCAUCUUUUCGGAACGCAGCCACACCGCAGUGGAGAUCGAUGACGUGAUCAGCGCCGACCUGGACGCCCUCCAGGUUCCCUACAAGCCCCUGGAGCUGGAGCUGGCACAGCUGUUCUUGGAGCUGGCUGGAGAGGAAGAGGAGCUCGAUGCACUUCAGCUGCAGACCUUAAUAAGCAUCGCUCUGGAGCCUGCUAGGACCAACACCAGGACUCCUGGAGAGAUUGGGCUGAGGACCUGUGAGCAGCUUGUGCAGUGUUUUGGGCACGGGGGAAGGUUGGCCCUAUACCACUUCCAGGAACUCUGGGGCCAUCUCCUGGUAUGGCAGGCCACAUUCGACAAGUUUGAUGAAGAUACCUCCGGAACAAUGAACUCCUAUGAGCUAAGGCUGGCACUGAAUGCCGCAGGUUUCCACCUGAACAAUCAGCUGACCCAGGCCCUCACUAGCCGUUACCGGGACAGCCGGCUCCGAGUGGACUUUGAACGCUUCGUGUCCUGUGCAGCCCGGCUCACCUGCAUCUUCCGUGAGUGCCACUGCAGCCAACAUCUGGAUGGUGGUGAGGGGGUCGUCUGCCUGACCCACAAACAGUGGUCGGAGGUAGCUACCUUCUCCUAGGGCAGAAGCUGAGGGAGGUCACCCCGCUCCACCUCCUUGGCACCAGUGGUGGAAGCUGAACAUGCAUGAGCACCUGCCUGGGGCUGGGGCCCCAUCUACCAUUGCACAGGUGGUGGUGUGGCAAUGGUGUCUGUCUUCUGGCCUCUCAAGCACUGGGAUUAGAGUGAGCCACUAUGAACAGAACUGCCUUCUUUCCUUGUGAAGUCCAUGCACAUGCUAGCUCCUGCUUGGAGAGGCCCACACCCACACAGGUCCAGGGCUGACGGACUCUGUAAGCUCCCUGGGGUGUGAACAGCCACAGAGGGAGAAGAAGAUGACACUAGAAUCCUUCUUAAAAAUAUUACAUGUUUUAUUCUCCCAUCCCCAGAGGGUGGUUUAUCCAGAAACCAAGAAAAUAAAAAUCAAUCAGAAUAAACUCAAAGGGGGAAACCCAUCCACUACCAGGCAGGCAGGCCAGCAGCCCACCUCCACCUCAGGAGGUCCCCAGAGACCCCUGCCCACCGCAAACAAGGGGAAAAUCAGGCGGGGGUUGGGGAGGGCAUCAAAUCAGCUAUGUCUUCAUUACGAGAGUGAGAGAGGUGGCGGAGAUAUGCGGCUAGAUGGAUAUAUAUUUAUAUAAUAAAUCCGUAAGUUAAUAAAGUAAAUAGUAAU